UUAGAAGUGUCGAGGCAAGUAGAACCAAGUUCAGGUUGACUAUUGUAGCCAGCAUCGGCAUUGUAGUCUCACGGUUUCUAUUCAAACAGUUCUCGGUUAGCCAGUCUGCAGAAGUAGCCUGUCCUGGACCAGUGACUUGUUUUUGCUGUGUUAGAGAUCUCAGAAGUUGCUGCAACAGGUGCGCAUCAUUUGCGGUCUGCGUCUGUGGGAUUAGUGAAAGAUCAGAGAGAUCAUUUUUAUCUACAGGUCACCGAAUUUGCAGGGGAUAUCCAGCAGUGUUGCUUAAUUGUAGCCAUGGCCGAUAAUAGGGGAACGCCCACGGGAAUGGACAGCGUGGACACAAGUAAGGAGCUAGGGCGUAUCGCUACUCAAAUCAUCCCCCACCUUCUUAAUCUAUACAAUUGCACAUCAACAGCCGCUGAUUACGAGAUAUACGCUCCAAAUGCAACUUUCGAGGACCCUCUGAUGCGAGCUCAUGGCGUGAGCCAGAUAAAGUCAGCAUUUUACUCCAUCCCCAAGGUGUUCAGCGAGGCUGAGAUAGUUGAAUACACGGUGGAAUUAGAGGAAGACAAGACUCCCAGUUCCGGCGAGAUCCGGCUCGACACCCAGCAGCAUUACAAGUUUCUGUCGAAGACGAUCGACAUGUCCUCCGUCAUCAAACUCCGGGUGGAAGGGGGCAAAAUUGUGCGCCACGAGGACUUGUGGGAGGGGAAUCCGCUGUGGAACAGGCACACGGUGAGAGUCCCCCUGGUGGGGCAAGCGGUGGAGGCGUGGCGCCGCGGCAACAUGCUCAUCACCAACACGCUCAUGUGCUUCGGCAAGGACUGACACACCCUGCUCGCACGGAUGGACAGAUGAUGGAUGAAUGUCUAUAGUUUAUGAAUGGGUGGAUGAUGGAUGUAGUAGUGACAACUGUAUGGAUGACUUGUGGAUGAUAGUUUGUGGACGAUUCGAUCGUAGUUCUUGGUAUCGGUGGAUGAAUGUUUUAGAUUCAAAGUCGGGGAUUACAAUUUAUUGUUAUGAUUAGAUUUUAUUUCUUCUAAUUUUUUUUAAGUUUACAAAUCGUGUGCAUUGUUUACAUGGUCAGAAUGACAUCAAUUUUCCACGAUGAAUUUUUUGAUAUGGAUGUGGAAGUUUUGUA